UAUUGUUGUUUUUGUUUUUAUUUUGUUUUGUUUUGUUUUGUUUUGUUUUGUUUUGUUUAUUUGUUGUUUCCGUGACCUCAUCGCAGAUGAGCAGUGAUUUCCCGGAACUUCUUUCCUCAGCGUCAUUUACAGGCAGCUCGGACCGGACCACCACGUCUCUGCCCAGCGCCUCGUCCCGCACAGUGGACCCCUCCGCCCAGUAAAGUAGUCCCCACGGUCUAACGCCUCUUUCCGGUUUUGUUUUUUUUCUAACUGAACCUUUUUCAUCUGACUUUUUUCUUUCCAUCCACGUCACUUCACAUAAAUGCUUUGUUUACUAUGAAGCUGCGGCGCAUGCGCGGACGGAUACAGUGCGUGGUCUUAUAAGGCCGCAGAGCAGCUGGAGGAGGUUGAAUGUUUCUGAGACAGCGGCGCUUCAACUUCAUUAUCUGCAGCAGUUUAGAUAAAGUUCGCCAUCAUGCCGCCGGUUUUAACCAGCACCAACUACGACUACGACUACGACUCGGUUCAGCCCUACUUCCUGGACGGCGAGGAGGACGAGGACUUCUACCUCCCCCCACGCAGCCACCUCCUCCCUGGACCCGGGGAGGACAUCUGGAAGAAGUUCGAGCUGCUGCCGACGCCCCCGUUGUCCCCCAGCCGCCACCCGCCAACCUCCACCACCUCCUCCGGCCACCUGGGGGCGAUGUCCGAGCUGCUGGACGACGACUGCAGCCCCUCCGCCGCCUUCCUCCAGUCCUUCAUCAUCCAGGACUGCAUGUGGAGCAGCAGCUUCGCCGCCGCCACCAAGCUGGAGAAGGUGGUGUCUGAGCGGCUGGCCUCGUUACGGGCCCAGCGGGACUCCACCUCCUCCACCUCCUCCUCCUCCUCCACCUCCUCCUCCUCCUCCUCCUCCACCUCCAGAUCUCAGGUGACCCCAGGUUACCUGCAGGACCUCCAGGCUGCAGCCUCCGACUGCAUCAACCCCUCGGUGGUGUUCCCCUACGGCGCAGCGGUGGAGGCGGAGCCAUGUCUGGAGACGCCGCCCCUCAGCAGCAGCAGCAGCAGUGAGAGUGAAUCAGAAGAAGAAGAAGAGGAGGGUGAAGAAGAAGAAGAAGAAGAAGAGGUGGACGUGGUGACGGUGGACCGAAGGACGCCGUCCCCUCGCUCGGGUCCCUCCCCUCUGGUCCUCAAACGCUCCCACAUCAACAUCCACCAACACAACUACGCGUCCCGGCCGCCCGCCGUUAAACGGGCGAAGGCGGCGAGUCCGGCGGCGGCGAGCCCGUCUUCCAGGUCAGGCGGCGAGGACGAGGACAAGCGCAGGACUCACAACGUCCUGGAGCGGCAGAGACGCAACGAGCUGAAGAGGAGCUUCGCCGCCCUGAGGGACCAGGUCCCCGUCCUGGCCCUCAACGAGAAGGCGGCCAAGGUGGCGAUCCUCAGGAAGGCGACGGAGCUGGUGGCGGAGAUCAGGGAGGACGAGAGGAGGCUGCUGAGGACGAAGGACGAGCUGAGGAAGAGGAGCAGGGAGCUGAAGGGGCGACUGGAGCAGCUCAGGACUUUACGCUAACGAGGACUUUAUUCAUAAAGAGGACGGCGGUGGAUGAAGACGCUGCACAGGAGACACAGAGGAAACAAAGACUAUUACAUCACAGCAAUAAUAACUACAGCACUUAGGAUAAUUAGCUCGUUUGUGGCGAGGACUCGUGAACAAACAUGCUACAUUAAAUGCUACUAGAAAACUGAAGUUGUUUUCUUUUUUUUUAAUAAUAUUUGUUGUGUCUAUUUAAGAACAGAACCAAACUCACUAAAGGGAGAGAUUUAGUUUCAUAAUUUUAUCGCAUUGUGUCUGAACUCUAAUGAAGAAGAGUUUGUUUUCAUUUGUUCUCAAGGUAAUUUUAUAAACUGGAUUUUAACUGAUUAAUAAUGAGCCUGAUGAUGCCUCCACGUUAUUUAUUAAAAACUGUUGGUAUCGGCGAUACUGGUCCCGUAUCGGUAUCACACACCACUAACAUCAACGGACUGACCCUGAACGCAGCACACCUCUAUUUAUUUGUUUUUUUUUAUUAUUAUUUAAAAUGUUGAAUCACAUUUCUGUUUUUAUAUGUGUCUUUUCAAAAUAAAAGCACGGCAACGUUGUGAAGUGCA